AUGGCACCCAAAGCAUCCCCGCCGCAAGAGACCUCAUCGUCGGUUCUCGGAGAAUUAAAAGAAACCAUACGGAAACAACAGGCCGAAAUUGAAGGACUCAAAAAGCAAGUAGGAGGCAGUAAACCUUCGGUAUCUCAUGGUGGCCAUGGUGGUGGUGCUGAAUUGUCGGAAGAUGAAGUGUCGCAGUAUCUGACACAAUCCUUUCAUAGCAUGGCACUGUCUCGCGUCGGGUGGUUGGCACUCUUUUUGGUAUCUCUGUCCUUUACGGCCGUCAUUAUGAAUGGGUUUGAACACACGCUCGAGCGACAAAUCGAACUGGCCUACUUUGUCCCACUCUUGGCCGGUCACGGUGGCAACACGGGUGGACAAACGGUGGGAACUGUCUUGUCGGCCAUGUCGGCCAAAUGCGUCACCCUCAAAGAUGCGCCCCGGGUCGUUGCCAAAGAAGCGUUGGCGGGAGCAUUGGGCGGUAUUCUGCUCAGUAUGGGAGUGGCACCGACCGUCCAUUACGUCAUGGGCAUUUCCUAUCAUGUUUCGGUCGUGAUAUUCUUGACAUUGCCCUUGGUAUCCACCAUUGCCGCCACGUUGGGAUCCGCCAUUCCGUUUGCGUGUGUGGCAAUGGGGCUCGAUCCCAGUGUCAUUGCGGCACCUGCCAUGACCAGUUUUGUCGACGUGGCCGGACUCAUGGCAUACUUUCUCAUUGCCCAAAAGGUAUUCGCACUGUUUGGAAUCGAAAUGUAAAAAAAUACAAUACAGCAAAUGAACAUUGAAAACACCAAGAUUAGAAAAACACAACAAUAACAAUGACUGGUGCGACCAGCACCAAGGUUGCUGGGAAUGCAAGAGGAUAAAUAAUAAUGGCAAACGACAACAAGAGCCAAGAUAAAUGAAGAGUUUGUUGGGAUCAUUUUGACAAAUGCAUUAAAAUUUUAUACGAUCAAGGAGAGCGACAGUGCUUCGUGAUGAUUGAUUCUAUUAUUGGUUGUUUAUAGGUAUCAAAGUAAGCGAAGAGACGCAUCAUCUGCCGGUGUGGCUGCAUAUCAAUAGACUGCAUUUAUUUGGAAACAACGACAUCACGUACUACACCCAUUCUAGAUGCUAUUCGCCGAGCUAGGUAAUGAACUCGAAUCGAAUGAUUCAAUCAGAUCAUAAUGGUGUCAAGCCGAGAUCCCUUCUGAACUCCUUCCGUCUCCGCCUUCUUGCCAGCUUGGUUCGUCUCGUGCGCGCCACUUUCCGCAGCGUCCGCGAUGAGCUUCUUCAAUCCUGGGUACCAUGUGAGCUCCGUGGCGGUACCAGCAAUGAGGUCUUGUUCAUAUUCUGCCUUGGCUUCAAGAUCGAGCUGGGCUCGCUUCGCAUUGGAAGCUGUGAUAUGACGAGCAAAACCACGGAGACGCUCUUUUCGAACGGGUUCUUCGUCUGCCGUGUCAAUGCUGCUAUACGUGCCCCCCGUCGACCGAGCGAGAUCGCGAUACUGGGACACUUUGCACAUGUCUUCAUUCCCAAUGCACAAAACGGAGAUUCUCAAGCGAAUGCCAUUUGCAAUGAGUUGAGUCAUCAUCUCAUUGAAGCCUUCGAUGCCGGAAAAUGCGCCCUUCGACCCAUUGUCCCAACCGUCCGUAAUGAUGACAACUUCGUCAAUCUCUGCUCCGGGAGGCCGCUUGUUGCCGAGGAGCACGUUGAAAACGUAUUCCCACAGUUGGGUACCUCCGCCUUGUGCAUUCCAUUCGGCUAGAAUAUCGUCAACGGAUGGGUUGUCCUCGAACCGAAACUUCACGUUCGAGGGUGAUCCAAUAAAGUGGACUUCGGUUGGCGUCCGUUCGACUCGGUCUUCAAUCAAGCUCACUUCCUCUUUGCCAAUUUCCAAGGCUCCUCCAAACAUGGACCCAGAGUUGUCCAGUACCAAGAACAGCCGAUCAAUCUGAGGAUCAUCCAUUCCGGGUGGAGGCGUCCGCGUUUUGAUCACUUUCGGCAAAGCCCCCGUGAGCAUCAUCUCAUUCAAUUGAUCAAUGCGGUCACGGAACUUGUCCUCACCCCACUGCUCCACGUGCUUGCGCUUCUCGAGCUUUUGGAGGUGUACCUGGUAGGCCUCGAUGUUUACAGCGUCCUCCUUGAAAAGGGAAUAGCAGGCAUCCACGAAAUAAAAGUCUUCGUUUUUCCCACCUUUGUCAGUGUGGUAGAACUUUGCCGCUAGGCGAUACCCUUUCUUCAAGUCGCCAGCAUUGACGGGUUGUCCUUUGACGCGAAAGGAGUUCGUCUGGAGAACCUCGAAACAUGAACAUUCCUGGAGAGUCAAGCGCUGACAUUCAGAUUGUUUUGGCACAAAGUAGGAGUUGUACACGUUUCCAAGCCACUCGCACGCAUCGUUCAAGGCAUCCCAUGCCGACGCCUCGGGCAAACAGGAGACGAGAACGAACAAGUGCAACGUAGUCGAAAUCAAAGAGAUGCGCAUUUUGGAGCGACGUUUGAGCAAUAGCUAUGAUCGAUGAGCACAGUCGUUUCGUCCUUUGGCUGCUUCAGAUUAUGAAGUGUCCGUAGUUGACUACUAAUUUUGCCGAUG